CACAAAACACAAUAAUUUAUUAACAUUCAUUAUUUACCCUGAUAAAAUUGUUCUGAUUUGUUUCUUUCCUGGACAAUGUCAGUGAUGAACAUCAUUUUGUCUUCGGGAAGAUGCAUGGAUUCUCCACUGUUGAUGGCUUUGUGGAGAUAAGCAACUGCAUGGCAGAGAUGAUUAGAUACGUGGCUAAUGAACCGUCCGCUGGUCUUUUCUUUAUUCAACAGCACACACAAAAUGCAGUGCCCAAUAUCAUGAAACUGAAGAAGAACGUUAGUGACAAGAGUCGUGAAACAACUCUGCACACAGAAGAUUUGGAGGACUCAGUUACAAUGGUGAGAUCAAUGAAAGACUGUGGAUUCCCCAUAGCUGACGAGAUGAUUGGAGACAUUAAAAAAUCCCUUAUAACGAUAACUUCAAAGAAACCAAAACGAUGGUUAACCCAUCGGCCGACAUCAAAUUUUCAGGCUCAGAGAGCUAACUCUGCAGUUUAUGCCCAGGAGGGAAGUGAAAUAAGUGAUAACUAUUUUUCAAGUGUUUUUAACUUUUCAAACUCAUACAGUUUUAAGUGGCCACAACUUGAUUCUAUGGAAUGGGUAAAUUCCAGCGCCGAGAAGCCACAGCUGCAGCGUAGCGUGUCAUUACCAGAUGCAUCUGCAGACACUAAUGCAUCUCCAGAAGCGGACAAGAAGCCCCCAUCAAGCCUGGUUGAAGAUGAAUUUCGAUCUGAAGCAGGUGAUGUUGAGGAAAAGUUAUUGUCAGUAUCAGACAAAUAUGAUGACUUCAAAGCAUGUAAAGAAGCUAAGCUGGAGGAGUGGCUUGAAGGAACAAGCAACAAUGGGGAGAAUUCUCUACCAGGUGAUGAGAAAAGGCUCUGAGAAAGAAAUGAUAAUAAUAUUCAGAUACUUCGGAAAAUUCUAUAGGAUUUUUAAAAUAAUGCUUUAGCCUGUGUAUAAUGUGUUGUGCAGUAUCUAAUCAAAAUUGUUUGAGUAGCUAGUAUAACACGAUUAGAAAAGUUCGUAAUGCUGUCAGAUGUACUUCACACAAUGGGUUAUUUCGUCCCAAAGUGCGAUUGAUAAAUCCAACAUUAGGCCUGAAAAAAUUAGACGGGUUGCAUAAUCAAUAAGUGAAAGCAUUAAUUUCACAUUUUUCAGUUUCA